UUCUUUUUUCUUAACAUUUCAAGAAAGUUUACAGGUUAUAUUUUUAAUAACUGAGAAAGAUGAUUCCAAAAAUAAUUAUUGAAAAAACAGCAAAUUAUUUGAAUAUACCAGCAAAUAGUAUAACAUUUAAUGAAGAACAAUUUGCGUCUGAUGUCAAUCAUAAAAAAAUUGGUCAAUUUAACGCUAUUUUGAAUUUAAUGUGCAAUAAAGCAAAAUUAGAAGGACCUGAAAAAUUCAAUACCGAGUUGGAAGUUGAACUCUACCAAUGGUUGGAGUAUGCGAUUAUGUACGUUAUACCCGGAUCAAAGGAUAGAUCUAUGUCAUUUAACUUACUAAAAACACUCGAUACACAUUUAAUGAACCAAUCAUAUUUAUGUGGCCAAUUUCUAACAUUAGCUGAUGUCUUAAAUUUUUAUGCAAUUUUUGAUGUAAUAAAAUCUUUGAAUCCAUCUGAAAAAGAACGAUUUAUUAAUUUAUCUAGAUGGUUUGAUCACCUACAGCAGAAGGAAAAUAUAAAUCAGCAAAAUAACCUAGUGAAUUUCACUGUUCUUCAUUUAACCGGUGAAAAUCAAAAAAUACACUAAUGUUGGGUUGGUAAAAAAGAAUUUAUCAAUAAAAAUAUGUUCAAACUAGCUCCUGCCUAUACAUAUAAUUAUAAUUGGAAUAAAAAUUAGUAUUUUAGUGUCUUAAAUUAUGAUCAUAAUUUAAACAGAAGGCUGUACAAGUAAUUAAAAAUUAAGAUGGAAUAUUUAUUGAAACAAGAGUUUUUUUUUCAAUCAGUACUUAACUGAGGUACAAAACUAUAUUUGAAUAAAAAGAUUCUUAAAGAACAUGUAAAACAAAUAUUUGGUUUCGGGAAAAUAACCCGUCACUGAUUUCAAAUCCUCUCGAAUUUGUCUUUUUCUGACAAAUAUUGAAUAACUUGAUCAUGGCUACAAAACUAGUUAUUCAAAUGAAAUGUAGAAAUAUUGAAUAAAAAUAUUUGAAUAAUUUACAAAAAGAUUGUAAGAGUUUUACAAAAUUAUAUCAAAGUAAUAUAAAAUAACAUUCAUGAAAAGGUAUAAGCACCAUUUUAAAAACAAAGGCCCUUAUUAUGAAAAAAAAAUAUAUCGUACGAUACACGAUAUUUCUGAUAGUAUUACUAUUAGUAAUUCCUAAAACAAUUUGAGUUCAACAUAGUUUUGUCAAUUUCAUUUAAAGAAUUGUAGCCAAGUAAUAGGCAAACCAAUGAAUAAGUGGCAUAAAUGGAACAAUAAACCUAAAACAAAUAGAUGAAAUCAUUAUUUCAUUGAUAUUUUUAAUAGAUUUUAAUUAUGUAUUAACUAAUAGUGAAUAUUAAUUU